UAACUAUUUCUCGCAAUUGCAAGUUUAUAUCUCGCAAUUCUGACAUUAUAACUUGCAAAUCUGACUUUAUUUCUCACAAUUGUGAAAAAAGAAGUCGGAAUUGUGCAAUGUAAACUCGCAAUUGUGAGAAAAAGAAUUUUGAGAUAAAAAGUCGUAAUUACCUUUUUUAUUUUUUAUUUAGUGGCAGAAACAAGCUUCCAUAGGAAAAUUAUGGUUUAAGGAAAAUAAUUCUUAAAUCAUGAUGCUUGAGUUUAUUCAUUUGGGUUCAGUUUGGUGAUGCAAGUCUUGUAUCUUGUAUCAGUCUUGUCUUGUGUCAAAUCUUUCAAUGUGUGCUUUCGGUGUUCAGCCCUAUCUCUAGUGAGAGACAGAGGGAACAGACCUCUAAAAAUAACCCAGAAUUCAAUACCCACCUCUGCUGUAGUCAGGCCAAAGCAGUCCACUCAGCUCAGCACCUCUCAAACCAACCUGAACACAAAAAUACAGAGAAAGAGACUCAUACUGAACUCGUUCUGACUACGAUUCUGUUGAUUUACAUCUGAAAUGGGACGCCUUUCUCCGUUCAACUCUGGUUUUGGGUCUUAUAUUUACCCUGUCAUGCAGUUUUAAACGAAUGCGCGGUUGAAAAUGACCUCACGGAGGAAGUUUGGGGUGAAGUCUGAGGUGAGUGAAGUGAAAGAGGAAUAUGUGACACCAAACGGAUACGAGUUGGAGAAACACCUCACGCACGGCAGCGUCGCCUACACACACGUCAAUGAGGUCUGGCCCAACGUCUACAUUGGAAACGAAGAGACUGCGAAAGACAGAUACAAGCUGAAGAAAAUGGGCAUCACACACAUCUUGAACGCUGCGGAGGGCGAGUGGAACAGUGUGGACACGGGCGCAGAAUACUAUAGAGACAUGGACGUGCAUUACUACGGGAUCACAGCAGAGGACGUUCCCACAUUCAACCUCAGCCAGUACUUCUAUUCUACUGCUGAAUACAUCCAUCAGACCCUCACAAACCCACAAAAUAAGCUUCUUGUUCACUGCGUGAUGGGCCGCAGUCGCUCGGCCACACUCUUCCUGGCUUACUUGAUGAUCUACGAGAACAUGACGGUUGUAGACGCCAUCGAUCACGUCAAACGGCGGCGACGCAUCAUCCCAAACUGGGGCUUCCUGAAGCAGCUGAGAGAGCUGGAUGAACACCUGCUGGAGCAGAGAAGAGCUCAAAACACACAAGCGGAUAAGAGCACAGACACUUAAACAUCCAAACCAAAAACAUUUACAAAUAUUAGAUGGGUUUCAGUUACAAAUAUUUCAAUAAGUAUUUCCUGAUGUACACAGAGGUGCUUGCAAAGCAGCCAUCGAAUAAUGUUAGGUAGGUUUAUGUUUAUUCUUGUUCUAUGACAAUGAAACAUGACACACACACUUUAAUACACAGAUGUACAACUUUGCAACAAUUAAAAUCUUUUUAUUAGA